ACAGGGCAACAGCUGCGGGCCGGGCGAAGGCUGUCAUGGCUCCGACUGAGGGCACGGCCAGCACAAACAGCUGGAAGCGAAGGACACCAAGGACUCGGGCCAUCUCAAAGAUGAACAGCACGGCCACUUGGACUGGGAUUCCUGCUCCCAUUCCGGAUAUUUUUUCAUCUCAGCAGCAGGUGGCAGCCAGGGUGGGGGACAUUCACCAGAGACUCGUGUCCCGUGUCACUGCGGACACGGGGCUGGAAACAGACUUUCUGAGCCUGGCUGAAGAACACCCUGCUAAUGUGGUGAUGAGCCUCCUGCGCUGUGCCCCAUCCUGUGACAGAGCUGCUGUACUGAUGUGGAGAAGCAUCGGCACGUCAAGACCCGCAGUGCAGAAGGUGCUUCCAGCACUGUUCUCUGUGAUAGAGGACAGGCCACUGUACAGUAUGUUUUUCUACAGUGGGGAUAACGAGGCCGUCUUUGCCCUGGCUGCAACUGUGGUGCUGUGGAAGAUUGCCCACAUGCCCGAGUGGCACGACGCAGUAGUCCUUCAUUCGGCCCAGCUGUUUGUGGCUCUGCUCUUCCAAGUUUUCUCCACCACAGAGCAGAUACCAGAAGAGGUUGAGGACUUCUGGAGAGCGUGCCAGGAGGAACACCGCCUUCCCACCAAGCCUAACAGGUUUGCAGUGCAGGCCGUGAAGGCUCUGCUCUGCCAACUGGGCUUUGAGAACAAGCUGGUGGCUCUGGAGUGCAAGCAGGUCUGGGACACCUGCUCUGUGCCGACACCCAGCAUUAUGCAGUAGGUCUGCUGGCCAGGGAGAUGCGCCGUGGCUUGGCCCCCUUGUGUUCCCGCAUCGCCUUGUACCUGCUCAGCCUGCUCAUCAGGAAGCAGCCACGCU